GGCAGAUUAUACAGUUUAUUGCGAAUCUCCUCCGCAAAGACGCGCAUCAUUUGCUCUGAAGGACGUUAUCGAGGCAAGGUCAUUGGAAUCCAAUUGGAAAGUUUUACGCUUUUUGCCAUAUAGAUUUAACAUAGUUAAACAUCCCAGUAAAAUGUCCGAUUUCGAGAAAGCCGCUGAGAACGUGAAGAAUCUCAAGGCCACCCCAUCGGAUGCGGACCUGUUGGAGAUUUACGGCCUUUACAAGCAGGCGACCGUCGGUGAUUGCAACACCGACAAACCUGGUUUCCUUGAUUUCAAGGGCAAAUCCAAAUGGGAGGCCUGGAACGGACGCAAGGGGAUGAGUCAGGACGACGCCAAACAGGCCUACGUGGAGAAGGUAGCGAAGAUGGUCGAACAGUACGGACUGUGAGAACGCACAAAUACGCCGCACUAUACGCCAUACAUGCACAGGCGUAUGCCACCCCCCGCCCAGAGUAGCGAGAGAAGCGUGAGUGGUGCAGAUUGUGUCGAAAUCAUGACUUUCGGUCUGCAUUUUUGUUUUGCUUUUAAAGAAAUGAAAAUUGAGUAUAUUAGUUAUGCAUACAUAUAUUUCGUUAAAUGACUUGAAAUUAUUAUACCUAAAAGAGUAGCUUUAUUACAAUAAAGUCUGGAGCUUA